CCAAAUCAUUGAUCGUUUGUUGAUUUUGAUUGACUGAUGAUUCAUUUCAUCUCAUCUUCUGCGAGAUCCAAUCAAGUCUCAUAUUUGGUCUCGGUUGACCUUUCUUCUCCAUCCUCCUUUUCCCUAUCCAGCCUACCUAUCUACCUAGGCACUUUUCUCCCUCUUCCAACUUUCAAUUCACUCCGUUGUCUUACUUUUUCCCAUUACGACCGAGACUCUUUACGCUAUUCUAUCCGAGUAGAAUCACUCACUACCGUGCCUACUUCUCUACUACAUUUUAAACUUUUGAUCCGUCAAAAAUUCAAUAUCCAUCAGAAAACCCCACUACUGCCCUGGAGCUUCUGCAAGACAUAUCCCCAACGCUUGAUUUGUCCUUGAGUCAGGACCUGUGGGGUGAAUCUUUCUGAUCUCAUACCACUGGGCGGCCCUUCUCCCCGGAUCUUUCCAUGAUUCGCCUCUGUUCCACUACCAAAUCAAUUCUUGUUUUGACUACCUCUUCCAUCUCUCUCAAACAAAGACAUCAACAAAUUGCCACAAUUGCAAACAUGUCGCAUUCCAACGUCUUGAUUUAUCUCAUGCGCCGGGACUUGCGAGUGGGCGAUAACCCUAUCCUUCACUCUCUCGUUGAUAGCAAGGAUCAUGGAUUCACACAUCUUCUCCCACUCUAUGUUUUUGCCGCACAACAAAUCGAAGUCUCUGGUUUUAUCACCAAAGAUGGAAGUAAGAGUCCGUACCCAGAGGCCAGAAGUCAAAUCGGCGCAUUCUGGCGAUGUGGUCCCCACAGAGCGAAGUUCCUAGCGGAAAGUGUGUGGGAUCUGAAGGGGGGUCUCGAGAAGGUUGGGAGCGGAUUGGCUAUCAGAGUGGGGAUGGUCGAUGAAGUGGUGAAAGAUUUAAUGGAAGGAUUUGAAAAAACAGGCGGCAGCAAGGUUUCUGCAGUGUGGAUGACUUCCGAAGAAGGAGUAGAAGAGAAACGAGAAGAGCGCUCGACAAAGAACAUUUGCGAUAAGGCCGGUGUUGACUUCAAAUUGUGGCGAGAUGAGAAAUAUUUGAUUGACGAUCGAGAUGUUCCAUUUGAGGAUCCAAAAGAUCUUCCCGAUGUGUAUACGACUUAUCGCAAGAGUGUUGAACCCCUUCGCGAAGCGCCUCGUCCAACUUUACCAAAACCUGAAAUGAAUUCAUUGCCACCCUUCCCUACCGAUGUUCCACCUCAGCAUGCUCCAUUCACGAUUCCGACAAAUUACGAGGAGAUCGAGAGUGCACUUCUCAAGCCAAUCAAUGCGCAACCUCUAAUCAAAAAUCCUCCAUCCUACCCGGAGAAUUCAUUAUCGGUACAUCCUUUUACAGGCGGUGAAUCUCAUGCGCUAGAACGACUCGACCACUUGAUUACUUCUGGCUCAAUUAACGCUUAUAAAUCUAGUCGCAAUGGGCUCAUGGGUACUGAUUUCUCUACAAAGCUCUCAGCGUACCUUGCUCUUGGUUCAAUUACUUCACGUCAGAUUCAUUCUUCCAUGUCUCUCUUCGAGAAUGGUUCCGAUUCUGACAACCGGUACAAGGAUCUCGAGGGGUAUGGCAAGGGUGAAAACGAAGGCACUUAUGGUGUACGAUUCGAGCUUCUUUGGAGAGAUUACAUGCGUCUCUGCACUCGUAAAUUCGGACCAAAGCUUUUCCAAUUGGGUGGAUUCAAGGAGGAAGAAAAUGCACAUUCAAAGUGGAGCAGGCUCGAUUCACCAAGAGAUGGUGUUUCAAAAGAGCAAAUACAAGAGAUUAUUGAGAGAUUUCUUAACGGUACAACGGGAAUGGGAUUCAUUGAUGCUUCUCAAAGAGAAUGUUAUCAUACCGGUUAUACUAGCAACCGCGCUCGUCAAAAUGUCGCUUCAUUCCUCGCGAAACAUCUUUACAUUGAUUGGAGAAUUGGCGCCGAGUGGUACGAGUGUAUAUUGGUUGAUUACGAUGUUAGCUCGAAUUGGGGUAAUUGGCAAUAUGUUGCCGGAGUUGGCAAUGAUCCUCGAGGCAAUGAUCGGAUUUUCAACCCUGUCAAACAAGCUUUUGAUUACGACCCUAAGGCUGAAUAUGUUCUGGCUUGGGUUGACGAGUUACGGGGCGUGGAUGAACUGGGUCAAAUCUUCCAGGCUUGGACUAUUAACGACCAAGAGAAGAAAGAAGAGUUGGGAAUUGCAGAUACUGAGAUGGUGACAAACCCAUUAAAGAGAAUUGACUUUAAGAUCAAUAGGGGUAGAGGUGGGGGAGGUGGUAGAGGUGGUGGCAGAGGUAGACCACCAUAUAGACCACAUGGUGGAGAUAGAUGGACGGGUAGAAGAUCUGGUCCUGGGGACCAAGGACGAGGUGGGUUCCAGGGUGGAAGAGGAGACCGAAGUUUUCAUCAAAAUCGAAGAUUGUAUAGAGGUGGUAGAGGUUCCGGAAGCGAAUUGAGAACUGGAAUGAUGGAUAAGGAGAGAGACGCUGCUGCGGAUAAUGAGUAAGACAGACGGUUCACAUUAUGGCGUACGUCUAUAAUUGCGCAACGAGACACGGGCAUGGACACGAUUACGAAUACGAUCACGGAUACACGAAGACAUAGAUAUGACAACGUAAUAAAUGGAUGUCAUUGAGUUGACAGUGGUAAUUAUGGUUGAGAAUUUUGGUAAAUACGGUCGGUGGCUAUGGCUUAUACCUUGGGACGGUGAAUAAUGGUUACGGAGAUAUUUGCAAUUAUGGCUUUCGCUUAUAAUAUGACCUGGCUGAGCUGCAUAGGAGGACAGAUUUGAAAGAUUAAUGAGUUGGUUCAGAUAGGCGGAUCAUACACACAUGAGUCGCGAACAAUUCGCAUACGUUUUGAUUUUAUUACGCGUUCUUACUCUUGAUAAUAUUGAUUUGAAGGUAGUAUAAUAAAGAAAGACGGAAGGAAAUAGAUGAAUGAAUAGCUAGAAAUUAACAG